CGGCUAGUCCAGGAUGUGUACUCUCUCCAUUUAGAUCUUGGAAAUACUCACAAUGACCGGGUUGAAUCUAAGGGGUUUGUCUGAUACGUAUUUUGAAGACAAUGAGAUCAGUCUCAAUGUUGGAGGCUUUAAAAAAAAGAUGAGAUACAAUACACUAUUGAGAUUCCCCGAAACAAGACUGGGUAAGCUGCUGAGCUGCAAUUCAAAGGAGUCAAUUUUAGAGCUUUGUGAUGACUAUGAUGACACUAAGAAUGAGUUCUACUUUGAUAGAAAUCCUGAACUUUUUCCUUAUGUGCUCCAUUUUUAUAAUACUGGAAAGUUACAUGUGAUGGGUGAGCUCUGUGUCUUUUCCUUCAGCCAAGAAAUUGAAUACUGGGGAAUCAAUGAAUUCUUUAUUGAUUCGUGCUGCAGUUAUAGCUACCAUGGGAGAAAAAUGGAACCAGAUCAAGAAAAAUGGGAAGAUCACAGUGACCAAGAAAGUACCUCUUCUUCCUUGGAUGAGAUCUUGGCCUUCUACAAUGAUGCCGCUAAAUUUGACCAGCAACAGUUUGGGAAAGUGAGGCGGCAGCUAUGGUUAGCUUUAGACAAUCCUGGCUAUUCUGUCUUGAGCCGAAUAUUCAGUGUUCUUUCUAUUAUGGUUGUUCUUGGAUCAAUAGUAACCAUGUGCCUCAACAGCCUUUCAGACUUCCAGAUUAUUAACAGCUCUGGGAAUUCAGAGGAAGACCCUAGAUUUGAAAUUGUGGAACAUUUUGGUAUUGCAUGGUUUACUUUUGAGCUGGUGGCCAGGUUUGCAGUUGCCCCAGAUUUCCUUCAGUUUUUUAAGCAUGCACUCAAUCUGAUUGACCUCAUGUCCAUCCUUCCAUUCUAUAUCACUUUAAUAGUUAACCUGGUGGUGGAAAGUAGUCCUGCAUUAGCCAAUUUGGGUAGAGUAGCUCAAGUCCUGAGACUGAUGAGAAUAUUCCGUAUUUUGAAACUUGCUCGGCAUUCAACAGGCCUUAGAUCUCUUGGAGCCACCCUCAAAUAUAGCUACAGAGAAGUAGGGCUUCUUCUCCUUUACCUCUCAGUUGGAAUCUCUAUAUUCUCAGUAGUGGCUUACACAAUAGAAAAAGAAGAAAACAGAGCCCUGGAAACUAUCCCUGCCUGCUGGUGGUGGGCUACAGUUAGCAUGACUACAGUUGGUUAUGGCGAUGUUGUCCCAUUGACCAUAGCAGGCAGGCUAACAGCUUCUGCAUGCAUCUUAGCUGGCAUCUUAGUUGUAGUCCUUCCUAUUACACUUAUAUUCAAUAAGUUCUCUCAUUUUUAUAAGCGCCAAAAACAGCUGGAAAGUGCCAUGAGGAGCUGUGAUUUUGGAGAUGGAAUGAAAGUAGUUCCUUCUGUCAAUUUAAGAAACUACUAUGCCUACAAAGUUAAAUCCCUUAUGGCCAGUCUCACAAACAUGAGCAGAAGCACACCCAGUGAAUUAAGUCUGAAUGAUUCCUUACACUAAUCUAUGGUUCAAAGGCCUGAUUGCAUGAUGAAAAACCAAGAACUGUGUUUAUAUUAGUUGUUUCUCUCAUUGAGCUUCUAAUGCUGAUGCACAUUGAAAUAAGAAGAUCCACAUAAGCUAUUAAUUUUGGUAAUAAUUCACAUUUACUUGAGCAUUGUGAAUGAUUCAUCAUGCAUCAAUUUUAGGAACAACGCUCCUAAAUUGCCUUGCAAUUGGAACACACAUUGAAUUCGUCAUAAAGUGAUAUGGGGAAAUGGACACGCUAUCGUGGAACCUUUGAAUUCCAUACAGAAUGAAGUUUAGUUUCAGGUUGGCUCCUAGUACAUUUUCAUCUAGCUCUUAGAAAUAGCCUCCUGUUCUUUGUGUUGAGUACUGUAGUCUCUAUAACAUUAAUGUUGAUAGUACUGUGCUUCCUUGUCACAUAUAUAAUUUGUUUUGAAAGUUCCUCUGACCACAAAAACAAACAAAAGUCACCUCCAAUAGAAAUAUGAUUAAUCUGAUUUCAUGAUCUUUGAGGUAUAGUGCGAACAUUUCCUAAUUUCUCUUUAAUUUUAGAAACCAUCUCAAAGAUCUAUAUACACAAUUAAUAUUGCAUUUCAGAAAUCACUUUUCCAUACAUUUGGGAGUUAAAACUGUCCCUUAUAACAAGUAAUGCUGUUGUAACAUAUUUGUGCAAUUUUAAUUGAGCUUGAUUGUUCUUAAGAACCUGACACUAAGUAUCAUUUGUAAGAUAUUUUAUAAGUAACAAAAAUGUGCCAGCUUGGAUGUAAAAAAUUAUGGGAAGUGAUCACCAUGGGUGAUUAAGAGACAGGAUCAAUUCUGGUUUUUCAAAACCUAACCAAUAUAUAUCCAUCCAUCCAUCCAUCCAUCCAUCCAUCCAACCACCCAACCAUCCAUCCAUUAUGGCUCUGUUUGUUGUUGACCUUAUAGUGUGAAUAACAUUGACAGAGUGUGACCGAAUGCUAAGGACUGACUUUCAAGUAGAUGUAAAGCAUGCUGAGUAUAUUAUUCAAGACCAUGCACUAUUAACAUAUAGAUUUUUUUUCUUUCUCUGGGAUUCAUUGAUUAAACUCUAUCAUGCCAAAGAAUGGAAAUUGAGGCCUAUAAUGACAGUACUUGAAAGAUAUUUCUUCUGCUGCUGCUGAUGCUACUACUACUACUACUACUAGUAGUAGUAGUAAAAUAUACA